AAACGCUUCCUCACCCAUCCUUUCCUCUCCAUCCGUGUCGCGUCUCCAGCUCCGAGUCCACUUUGGCUCGGGCACCGGCAGCAGCGCUUCUAUCUUCCGCCUGACGUGCGCGCGCGCACACACACACACACACUUUUGCGAACGCUACGAGCAGGACUAGACGGAGGGAUGUUUUUGCCUCUGACGGAAAACGCUGAUGCGUGAAGGAUGUAGAGCCAGAGGUGGAGGCAGGAUGGAGUGCUCCUGGAAGACGGUUCUGCUGCUGGUGUGUGCGUCUCUAGGGGUCCAGUACACAGCCAUCCGAACCCUGAGGGACUCACUGUCUGGACCCUGUCGGGGAGCCUACCGCUGCCGCAGCAGACACCAUGGAGACUCCAGAUGGGCGGCGUUGUGCGAUGACAGCUGGAUGCCCUUUGAGUUCCCUCAAAAGCACAUUCUCCUGUUUGCCACCACGCGCAGCGGCUCCUCCUUCACCGGGCAGCUCCUCAACCAUCAUCCUGGGGUCUUCUACGUGUUUGAGCCUCUCUACCACGUCCAGCAAGCUUUCACCAACUCCAGCAGCUGGCUGCGCCGCUUAGACCGCCGGACCUUGCUAGGGGCUCACAGGGACCUUCUCCUGAACCUGUACACAUGUGACCUCCACUUCAUGGAGAACUACAUCCGCCCUGAGACCCAGGACCACAUCACGAGCUCCCUCUUCCGACGGAGCUCCAGCCACGCGCUGUGUUCACCUCCCGUGUGUUUGGAAGGAGCAGACACGGCAGCCUUCGAGCCGCCCGAUGAAACCUGGUGUCCUAAAAAAUGCGGGCCUCUGAACCUCACUCUUGCCUCUAUGUCGUGUCUGUCACGAGGACACGUUGCCAUAAAAACCGUGAGGAUUCCUGAGGUCGGGGAUCUGAGGAUGCUGACAGAAGAUCCACGUCUGGAUCUGAAAAUCAUUCACUUGGUGAGGGAUCCAAGAGCCAUCCUCACGUCACGAAUAAUGGCGUUUUCGGACCAGUUUCGUGCUUGGAAAAUAUGGAACGCAACCGGGCGGCAGCCUCGGUAUGUGGACUUGUCGCAGAUCACGAGCACCUGUAAUGACAUGGCGGCAUCAGUAGAAACAAGCCUGCAGAGGCCAGCGUGGCUGCAGGGACGCUACCUUCUGGUGCGAUACGAGGACCUGGCUCAUAACCCAGAGGCCAAGGCCACUGAGAUCUACAGGUUUGUCGGGCUGGAGAUGGAAGACAGAGUCAGGAUGUGGAUAGUGAAGAACACAAACAGCAACGUGUCGACUUCGUCUGAGUGGAAUUACAAAUUCUCCACCACCAGAGACUCCAAAGUCACAGCAGAGAGCUGGAGGCUUCGUCUCAGUUUUGACAUCGUGAGAACGGUUCAGAGUCUUUGUAACGACACUCUGGCCCUGCUGGGAUACCGACAGGUUCACUCUGCUGCCGAACUCAGAAACUUGUCACAUAGUUUGGUGGAGCACAGAAUAUUUCAACCUGUCACGUGAUUCUGGGGUUUAAAAUGGUGGUUUUUAUUUACUCAAGUGUUCAAGCUGAGUCUGCCAAGAUGCUGAUGAAAUGAAUGUAACUCAAUUAAUUUUGACUAAAUGAUUAAUCAGCAUCUGAGGGUUUUCUUAAGGUGUUUAAAGUGUCAAGUGUGUGUGUGUGUGCAUGUGUGUGUGCGUGUGUGUGUGUGUGUGUGCGUGUGUGUGUGUGUGUGUGUGUGUGUGUGGUGCUGAGAACAAAGGAGUUGGUUCUGACACUCAAGGAUGUGUGUAGAAUCUGGUUUUAAAAUAUUUGAAAAUGCCAAAUAUUUAAUUAUUUUGUUGCAAAGAUUUUGCAAAAAAAAUUGAAACAUACGUUGUUUUUAUUAUUUCAAUUAUUCCUUUGUCUUAAUGAUGCUUCUUAGUAAUAAGCAUUAUAACACUGGAAUGCAUUAAGCAAAUGAACAUCCCAGCUCGGAUGAGAUGCUUCCCACAAAAAAGAGACAAAUCCCCUGAAAUAUUCUUCUGUCAGCAUUCACUCUUGUCCUGAGUUGCAUGGCUAAUUUUUUUUAACCCACAAAAACCCAGAAAAACAACACGUUGUCCAUUUUUACAUUUCUGCAUCCUACAAUAGUAGGAAGUAAAAGAUCCAUACGCAGCCACAGCAGCUUGGCUCCUCCUCUUAAUUCUGGUCACAUGUUCCUGUGGACUGAGAUCCUCAACCAGAAGUAACCGGUGGUCUACUAGAAUGAUGGUGUUGGUUAGCCUAGUGAACUAGACCAAAUUCUUGCUUUGCAAAGUUUGGUCUAGGCAUGCUCCAUUGGAACCUCAGCUGAGUCAGCAGCUCCUACCAGGACUCUGGCUAGCCAAUCACAGCUCUCUAGAGGGGUUUCAAACACAUAAAGAGCUGUGAUUGGUCCAUAAUGGUGGGCCAAUCAUAGUGCUCUAUCUGCUUAGUGAACAAAUCACAGAGCUUUAUCCGCUUUGUGGGCCAAUCAAGGCACUCUAUGCCUGGUGGGUGGGAUGAUGCAACAGAGUGAAACAAGAGUAUGUCACAUUCAUUGUCCAGUGGAAUGCAGAGAUCAUUUGAAAGACAACGGUAGAACCCGCCCCACAACUGAGAGCCGUCAGUGGAGCGUGGCUUGCCAGGCUAGGUGUUGGUCGCUUCUGCACAUAUAGCAUGCCCAGGCUACCUAAAUCUAGUACUGGUUCCUGAAUUAAUGAAUGAAUGUGUUUUAUUGAAGUCAAACUGCUGUGACUGAACCACAGCUGGUGGCCCUAGAGGCUUAAAACAUAAGUAAAUAAGUAAACAUUGUUGAGCAUUUUGGCACGUUGUGGGUGGUGUAGACCAUAUGUUUAGAUGUGCAGCUCAUUCCAUGGAUGCACAGUCUUCGCAAGCACCUUGUAGAAUUUGUGAACAAUCAGGGUUUUUUACCAUUAAAGACCAAGUUCACUCAUUUUUUUCAACCAAUUUGCAGUGGUCUCUAUACAAGAAAGCCUUGUGAGUCGAUCACUGAGAGUAAAAACCUCUGGCCCUCCUGUUUCAGGAACUAGAAGUGAGCCAGAGAAGAAGUGAGCAGAAGACAACAUGAUUUGGAGUCAUACUUCCUGAUAUUUGAAAAUCUCGCCUCUGAUUGGUUAACAGCAACGCGACUCAACCACUGACUUUGUUUGCUAACGGUUAGCUUCUACUAGCCUAGAGGUGUUCUGCUCCCUCCUGGAUGCUGAAUCAACAAUGGCUUUUCUCAUCGCGAGCCAAGAUGGUUGAGUUCAUCUUUGCUAAUUAUCAGUGUGACGUAGAUCUGACUGGCUUUUCUAAUUUGAUCAUUUCCCUGUCUAUUUUCUAGAGGUGGCUAAUGCUAGCCUGGCCUGCCAGACUCGUCCUCUGUUUAAUUCUGCACAGAGAGAGUCUGGUAACUCACAGGCAGAGAGGCACAUGAGGGGCGGGACUAGGCAGCUCAAAAGUAACCAAUCAGAAAAAAGAAAAAAAUCCCGACUGUACCGCACGACGCUGUCGUUUUCUAGUUGUAGUAAAAAAAAUGGCGUCUGGCAAUGGCGCAAACUUUUUUUUUUUCAGAAGAAAUACUUUUAGCGCUUCUAUUUGUGGUUUUAAAGACAUUUGAGUCAUUUAGAACAGAGGAUAGAGCCGCAGCGAACUCCGCUUCAGUCGCCAUGUUCGACAAAAAACUCAGCAUUAUGGUGUGUGACGUACGUUACUCAGCACUGAUUGGCUCGGUUAGAAUUCUCACGGGGUGGGGUUAUUUGAAUAGGAGAGUUCCCAGACCCUUUCUCUGUGCAGAAUUAAACAGAGGAAUCUGGCAGGCCAGGCUAGGCUAAUGCAGGAAAUAGGGGUAGGAGAAUACUUCACAUUCAACCUGCAUAUUAACUCAUUCGCUGCCAGCCGUUUCCUGAUCGGUAAAGCCCUUCGCUGCCAGCAUUUCUCACCGUUUUUACUGUUUUUUUAAGAGUCACAGAGCGUUGCGUGCUAGGAUAAUGGCAACGCCAAAACAACCGACUCACCUCUUACAUCAGGAAGAAUCCGUGUGUUUUGAGCGUCAUCCGUUCUUUCAUAAUCCGUUGAAUUGUGAUCAGCAGAAGCUUUUCCGGUUCACGCCUCACUUUUUUUUAAUAGCAAAACGGCCCAAAACGAUCUCCUAACACGUGGAUUUUCUGCUUCCUGACCAUGUGACCUGUGACGUAUGUGGCUGGAGAUCGGCUUUAGAGCUGAGAUGUUUGUUCUCACGGUGCGGGGGCUCGUUCCGAUGCCCACACAGAAAAAGAAUGCAAAUGACGACUUUAGUGGUCAUUGGCAGUGAACGAGUUAAACUCAGGGUGACCGAUCAUGUUUAAAAAAUUGUUUCUCUGUCAGCUUGUUCUUUCAGGUUGUUACGAUAAAGAAAUAAUCAACCAAACAAAUGCUCUUAUUUUUGUGCUAAACUGCCAUAGAAAUCAUAGGGAAAAUGAAACUGAUCAAAAAUUCUUACCUAAUAAACCCCUUUCACAGAGGAGGAUCACAUUGGAAGGGCUUUCUACUGUAUAUUUACAUCAUCAUUACUGUAGCUAAAAUAUCUUCUCAUUUGCUUUUAGGUUAUAAAAGUUUAAACCUGCUAAAAGAAAGUUGCUUACAUCUUCUUGUGGCAUUGUUUGUGUUUCAUGAUAGUCGUACCUCAAAAAAAGUAAAAACGAGCACAGAAAUAAACAACUAACCAGCCUGCCCUAAUGAUAGAAUCAGUAGAUUAGUACUCAGUGAUCUCCCUUUAAUCAGUCACAGUUUAUUUAGGGUGAUACCUAUAUUUCUAUGUCGAUGGGUGAUACAGGUGAAACGGAAAAAUUCCAUUUAUGUCAGUGAUUCAUCUUGGACUGAGAGACCAUCUAAAGGCUUAGGAACCCUUCGCAAGCGUUUUGGAUUAAUAAACUGAUUAGAGUGUGACAUUUUGAAUUUGGAAUAUUGAACCUUUUCACAAUAUCCUAAUUGUCUGACAUUUUGAGUUUGGGGUUUUGAUAAGCUGUGAGCCACAAUCAUCACAAUUAUAGUUUCACUUUUACAUUUAAAACCAGAAAUUGUUGUUAUUGAUGAUAUGAAGCCUAAAACGACCUGCAGCCUUUGGACUUUUUGUCACGUUUCCCACCUGACCUCCAUCUGGAAGAUCAGCAGGUGAGCAAAAGUGCAAAUGCAGCAGCAAAUCCUUCCAGAUUUUGCAGGUGUGCUUCUGCUUCUUACUGCCUGGAGGACUGGCUGCCUUUAUUAUGUAACUGAUUCUUCUGACAUUUUCAGGUACCAGGAUCACAUCAGCCUUACAUGCUAUCAUAAUGCCUUAAAACACACACACAUUUAUCUCUCACCUCUUUUUGCAUCACGUCCCACAUUCUGUUCACGACGAAGAAAAAAGAAAUCCACCGUUGUACGUCAUCCAUCACAUUUACAGCUGUAAGAGAAAAUCUUCUGCUGAAAGUAUUUCUGCAAACAACAGCCUUCUAGACUGAAUCCUUCACACAUCUUCCUGUGCUCCAGUGUUUGUGUGUAAAGACUAAGAUGAAAAACAAAAGCAUGGUCAGAUCCAUGAUUUAAAACUAAAAGACAAACGUUGCCAGGUGUAAGGCUUUUCCUGAAUGUGUGCUGCCUUUAAAAACACGCACAUGACAUUUUUAUUUAAAAUCCGGUUUGUUUUUUAAAAAACAUUUUUAAAUGAUUUCAGAUCUGCUCAUGCAUUUACAUAUUGUGGUUUAGAUGCUGCCUUUCACAUAUACCCCAACGCAGGUUUGGGUUGAUUCAGUUUGCAGAUCAUACAAGAUGUGCUGAUUUCUCUCAGUCAUACCGAGUACUUGAUAUCCUCUUAUAUUUUAUGCUUUAUUCACUGUUUAAACAUUUAAGUUAUCUUUAGAAGAAUAAUCUUAUAUUAUUGAACAGGAAAUUUCUAUGAAAUGGACCUGAAACAAGUUAGAUUUCCUAUAAAAUGUAAUGUGUGAAAACAUGGAAAAAAACAUUUUUAAUGAUUAUUUCUGAUUAUAAUUUGUCACUCUGAGUUUUUCAUGUAGGCUGAACAUAUUAAUAGUCUCCUACACCUAUCUCCUGCAUUAUUUUGUGAUAGAAAACUGAUGAUGAAACUCCAAGAUUUGUAAAGCCUGACAGAUCUACUUCACACUGCCACUUAACGAGUGACUUUGCAGUUUUGGCUUGCUUUUAGCACCCCCUAGUGUCCAUUAGUAAAACCAAAAGUAAAACUUAUCUCCUCGCAGUGUGUUUGUCAUUUUAAUCCAACAGCUGAAGUGUUUCCUGGGCCUUCAUAAGUUUCCACAGGAAUGGUUCAUCACGAAAUCAAACAAAUCAGCUGUGAUCAUGAUCUAAAACAUGCACAAGUUGCAAGUGGGAUAUUCUGGCCACAGAGGGCAGUCGGGGUCUGAGUGGCAUUUCAUUGCCCUGUAAAGGGUCAUUUUAGUGCAUACUGGCUCAAGAAAGUGAUUUAAAAAUAUGAAAAGUUGCAUAGUAUGCCUUUAACAUUCAUGGACUCCCCCUUUUCAACUCACAACGGGGAAGGUUGAUGUUUUUUCUAGCGUCCAGGAAACAGCAGAGAACAGCUUGGUUAGCAGGAGCUAACUAUUAUCACCACACAGCAGUACUUCUCCAGGCUUGUGUUAUUUAUGUUGACAAAACAUUCACGUUGCAAGUGAGUGGCUGAGUAAAGAUGCUGUUAUCUAAUCUGAGGCAUGAUGCCCAACUAUCAGGAAGUAAGUGUCUAAAACCUGCCGUCUGAAGAUCAGCUGUGAUGUAGCUCACUUCUAGUUCCUGUUUUUUGCCCCCUGAGUUCGACUUACAAGGCAUUCAUUCCCACCAGAUCACCACUGCAAAUGUAUCUAUUAAAUAAGGAUCCCACACCUUUAAUGUUGAUGCAUUUCCAAAUAAAUUGUGGAAAAUAAUCCACUACGGUCGCAAACACUGAUGUUUUGUGUGGUCUACUAAAACUCUUGGUGGGUGGUUGCAACAUAAGUAGGUGUGGAAAAAGUCUCAUGAUUGAAUGUGCUAUACACUUUUUGUCAACAUAACAACUCUGUUCAUACUUUUUUGACUUUUAAAAAAAUAAAUGACCAAAGUGCAGAAA